CCCCAGAUGGGAGUGGAAAGACGCAAUUCCUUCUCACCCUUCUUCUGGCCGCUCAACUCCCUGCACCUCGUGGCCUGGGCAAGUGUGCCAUAUACAUCUCCACAGAAGCUCCAUUAUCGACACCACGGCUUUCGCAGCUCAUUGAAUUCCAUCCAUAUCUCUCUACCUUGUCUCAAGCCCGCAAGCCUUCGCUGGAGAAUAUAUUGUCCAUCAAUGCCAUGGAUCUCGAGGCACAAGAUCACAUCCUCAACUACCAACUCCCUGUCGCAAUCAUGCGAUAUAAUGUUGGACUCGUGAUCAUCGACUCCAUAACUGCAAACUACCGGGCGGAACAUUCGUCCCAUAAUCUGUCGGGGUUGUCCACACGCUCUGGCGAGCUUGCCAGAUUAGGCCAGAUGCUGAGGAACUUGGCUGUGGACGAGAAUGUCGCAGUUGUAGUAGCGAACCAAGUUUCUGAUCGCAUUGAAGCUGCUGGCAGGCAUCCAACACUAUCUCGUUUGAAUGGCGGUGCCAUCUCACCUAUUCCUUCCACACAACAGCAAGUGCUGUCGUCACAUCACGACUCAGAAGCUGCUACACCAUUAUCAAGAAGUCGACCUCUUGAGUCCCGAAAUGUUGAAUUGACUCCACAUAAUCCUGUCCUCCAACCAUCACCCUCUAGUCUUCCCUCAUCACCGUUCACCACGGAGGAUGAUCCGCAGCAGCAGCAGUUCGACGGGUCAUACCUGAUUGGCAACCCUGUACGAAACGAGAUUUUGAGUCUUCUACACCAACAGAGGUUCUUCACUGGGUGGGGUGACACGCUACAACCUACUAUUUCAAGCCUGUACCCAGCUUUUCAACAAACCGCACAAAAGACCCCAGCUCUGGGCUUGGUUUGGUCUACCCAGAUUGCAUGUCGCAUUGCACUGAAGAAGGAGAGCCGCUUCGUGGAUUGGGAGGCCAUCCUAGAGGAUACCUUUGUCUCCAGCGAAAAACAAUUGCUGCCUACAGCAAGAGAACAGGCUAAUGAGCCUUCGGAAUCACGAGUACCAACGGAGAGUGAAGAACAUACUAGAGCGCACAGCCCUGCAGUCUCUGCACCACCGGACGAGACCGAUGCAGUAGACGAGAAGACGAAUCUCGGUGUCCCGAAUAUUGUCCGUGAUGAUCAUGCAACAACUGGGCAAUCCUUACCAAUGUCAACACAGGCAGUUACACGAGGCGUCCGGAGGACCAUGAAACUUGUUUUUGCCCCCUGGACUGCCGGACCAGUCACAGAACAAGGCGAAAUCCAACACGAGGCGGAGUUUGAAAUCUGGAAGGGUGGGCUGAGGGGCUGUACAGAAGAUUUUGACACCAUAUAGCACGAUAUUCCCUGUCACGAUUUACGACACGAACAAUAUAUUUCUGACUCACUUUUUUUCCA